UUGACUCGACACGGUCCGUGUCAAUUGUCUGUAAGAAUGUCUUCGUUUCCUCGCUUUUGCACGGCCGUGUUUAAACUCGACUCGGCCGUGUUCAGGCGCAACUCGAGCUAGAAAUGCCUUGAUCGUUCUGUUCCGGUCCCGUGUGCUCCGAAGUCCUCGAUUAUGCUCCUUUUACAUCCAUAGUGCAUCCAUCACCUGUUCAAUCACCAGAAAAUGCAGAAGAAGCAAAACCCAGUGCUAAAAUGAUCUUAAGUGUCUAAUGAUUCAUACAACCGAUGCGAAAGUGCUACACAAUGGGCUUUGAAAUAGAUGAGAAAAUCGUGUUAUCAGAUGGACACUUGAUUGGUUGCGCCCAGUCCUUUGCAAAAAACAUGGGGUUGUAUGGGCACCGAGUUGGCUGUCUUAGUGUCCUUGCCAAUGACGCAGUUCAGGCAAGCAUGAUGAGGUCCCAGUUGCAGCAGAUUGCGCGGUCAAUGUAUGGAAGCCCCCCAAUGCAUGGACUGUUGCUUGUCUCUACGAUUUUAACCAAUCUCGAAAUCAAAGCCCUAUGGGAAAGAGAAUUGAAGGUCAUGACUAACCGGAUUCAGACAAUGCGAACUGCCCUGCGUGAAGAGCUUGAGAAACUUAGUUUUUCUCUCAACUGGCAACACAUAACAGACCAGGUUGGGAUGUUUUGCUUUUCUGGCCUGGCCCCGAAUGAAGUGGAACGGCUGAGGAAGGAAUUCCACAUAUCCAUGACCAUUGAUGGCCGCAUAAGCAUGGCGGGUGUUACUCCGAGCAAUGCGACUUACAUAGCAAAUGCAAUUCAUCAAGUCACCCGAGAGAGAGCGAGGAUGUAGACGAGGAUUGAUCUUGGCCUCUGGAACUGAGAUGAAUAGAGAGUGUGACGUCAUCAAUGGCUUCCAUGGCAGCUACUGAUCCUGAAGCACGAACCGGUGGUCUCAAAAGAUGGACCGAGGGCAGAAUCCCAUGACCUCUGUUGCUCAAGAAACGCUGGCGAAUCAGAGGACGACAAUACAGAGAGUGAAGAACUCGGUGAAACGGCUUUCUUGAUGCGUUUCAGGCUGAUUCUCAUGAUGAAUGCGUUGAAAAGAUCCGAUCUCGGGCAUUUCCCUGAGCCCAUUCUUACGAGGAAUGCGUUGAAAAGAUUCAAUCUUGGGGAUUUUCCCGAGGUUUUGAGGUGUUGAUUGGGCGGGUAGGAAGGAGGAGGAGUGAGAGGGGGAGGCGGUAGAGAGGGAGAGGAGUGACAGAGAGCGUUUCUGGGCAUUCCAGGACGUAAUUCCCAAGUAAAGGGCACGGAAACUGAGUUUUGAAAUGGCGAUUCGGGGGCGGUGCGUUCUUUGGAGAGCAACUUGGUGAAGAAUUUGCUCUCUUCUGUGAUCCUGAAGCUGCUCUUUGGUUGAAGGUCUAACAUUCUUGUCUGUUUUUUCUUUGAACGUAGGAAGAUACUAUGAGCUGAGCUGAAGAAGAAUAUAUAGGUAGGUGGUGUCAUUGGUAUUUGGUAAACCAUUUACAAUUGCGUUCUGCGUUAAAAUUAAAAACGCUGUAUCUGUCCAUUUUGCUAUGGGGUUUUGUAAAAUUUUUUAAAAAAAAGUUUGUAUAUACAAUCUCAAAAACUAUUUCUCUGUAUUUUAUUACCAAAAUUUAUAUAAAGACACACUAAGUGGGCGUGCAACCAUUCAA